AUGAGGUCGUCCAUGCUGGUCCUGUUCCUCCUCUUCAGUGCCCAGGCUGUGGCCGCCAUCGGAGGAACAGCACAGCAGCAGGGUCCAGACAACGACUCCCACUCCAUCCCCACUGUCGACCCCAAACUCUUCACCAAGCGCCGCUACCUCUCACCCAGAGUGCUCUUCAGUGCUCAGCCACCUGAUGCAGAGCCGGCGGAGUCACAGGGUGGCGGCAGAAGGACCCCCAGGAGAGCGGGGCAGCCUCAGCACCGUGGAGUUUACUCAGUGUGCGAUAGCAGGAGCUUCUGGGUGGGAAACAAGACCAAAGCCACGGACAUCUCAGGCAACGAGGUGACGGUGCUGCCAAACGUGAACAUCAACAAUGUGAACAAGAAGCAGUACUUCUUUGAGACGACGUGCCACAGCUCAGGCAGAUCUGGCUGUUUGGGAAUCGAUGCCAAAAACUGGAAUUCCUACUGCACCAACUCACACACUUUCGUACGAGCGCUGACUACCUUUAAGAACCUGGUGGCGUGGAGGCUCAUACGCAUCAACGUGGCCUGUGUGUGUGUGGUGAGCAGCAAGUCGUGGCGGCAGUGAAGACUUUCCAUACACACACACACAGGAUCACACACUCAGUCAAAUAGA